AUGUGUGAAGACGAAGUUGCUGCGUUGGUUUUCGACAACGGCUCCGGCACUGUAAAGGCCGGGUUCGCCAGUGAUGAUGCCCCAAGAGCUGUUUUCCCCUCCGUCGUGGGUCAUCAUCAGACUGCGGGACAGAAGGAAAUCUUCGUUGGCGAGGAGGCUAAGUACAAGAGAGGUAUCCUCACCCUCAAGUACCCCAUUGAGCACGGUAUCGUCACCAACUGGGACGACAUGGAGAAGAUCUGGCAUCACACCUUCUACAACGAGCUUCGUGUGGCUCCAGAGGAGCACCCCGUCCUCCUGACAGAGGCUCCCCUCAACCCUAAGGCCAACCGUGAAAAGAUGACCCAGAUCAUGUUCGAGACCUUCAACUCUCCAGCUAUGUAUGUGGCCACACAGGCUGUUCUGUCUCUGUACGCCUCUGGUCGUACCACGGGUAUUGUUUUGGACUCUGGUGAUGGUGUGACCCACACUGUUCCCAUCAGUGAAGGCUACGCCCUUCCUCAUGCCAUUAUCAGGUUGGACCUUGCUGGUCGUGAUCUAACUGAUUACCUUACGAAGAUCCUGACUGAGCGUGGCUACUCCAUCACCACCACUGAAGAACGAGAAAUCGUCAGGGACAUCAAGGAAAAACUGUGCUAUGUUGCACUUGACUAUGAACAGGAAAUGCAGAAGGCUGCGUUUUCCUCUUCAUUGGAGAAGAGCUACGAGCUUCCCGACGGUCAGGUCAUUACUAUUGGUAACGAGAGGUUCCGUUGUCCAGAGGCCCUCUACCAGCCAUCCCUCAUGGGUGUUGAAUCAGCCGGUAUCCACGCCACAAUAUACAACUCCAUCAUGAAGUGUGAUGUUGAUAUCCGUAAAGAUUUAUAUGCCAACACUAUUCUCUCAGGAGGUAACAGCAUGUUCCCAGGUAUGGCUGACAGAAUGCAGAAAGAGAUCACAGCCCUCGCUCCACCAACAAUGAUGGUCAAGGUCAUCGCUCCUCCAGAAAGAAAAUACUCCGUCUGGAUCGGUGGCUCCAUUCUUGCCCCCCGUUUGACCUCCCAGCAGAAGUGGAUCAGCAAGCAGGAGUACGAUGAGUCCGGCCCAUCCAUUGUUCACAAAAAGUGUGUUUAG